ACCUCACCUGAUCCCCUCCCCUUCCCUCUCCGAUUGAGUGGCUCAUCUUCUUCCUUCCCCAGCCAGCUCCGAGGUUGCAAGUUGCAAUCCUCUCUUCCGACCUCCCAAUUCCUCCAGAUUCCAGCUCGGUUCUCUCGAGCUCGAGCGGAUCGGCCUCCUCCGAUCGAAGCUCUGCUCGGCUUCCCCGUCCAAGAACUCGUGCUGUUCUUCGUGGAAGAUCUUUUGGCGGAAGAUCCAAACUCUUGUGUUGGGGCUCUCCGGGUUUUCCUGCGCUGGAGGGAGGUUUCGUUCUCGCUGGCCAUGGUUUGGCUGGGAAGCAGCAUCUUGAUGCCCAAUCUCUGAGCUUUAUGAAGAUCGCCAGCCACCUGCGCCGCUCCUGCUUCCUCCACUCCUUCUCCGUUGUCUUCCUCUACUGGUUUUAUGUGAUCUCAUAACUUGCCCUCACCCGGAUCCGCCAUUCCCCGUGCUCUCCCCGUCCCCUCCUUCUCCCCCCUUCGUUCUUGCUUUCCGGAAUCGCCGAAUAAUAGCACUAGCCGCAGCAGCAGCGGUAGAGAAUUUGGUGGUAAGCUAGGCCGGCCCCGCGCGGGAAGAUCGUGCCUUGAUGUCGUCGUCGUCACUGUCGCCGGCGGGGAGGACGUCCGGGUCGGACGGCGACUCGGCGGCCGACACGCACCGGCGCGAGAAGCGCCGGCUGUCGAACCGCGAGUCGGCGCGGCGGUCGCGGCUGCGGAAGCAGCAGCACCUGGACGAGCUCGUGCAGGAGGUGGCGCGGCUGCAGGCCGAGAACGCGCGCGUGGCGGCGCGCGCCGCCGACAUCGCGUCGCAGUACGCGCGCGUGGAGCAGGAGAACACCGUGCUCCGGGCCCGCGCCGCCGAACUCGGCGACCGGCUGCGCUCCGUCAACGAGGUGCUUCGCGUCGUCGAGGAGUUCAGCGGCGUUGCCAUGGACAUCCAGGAGGAGAUCCCGGCCGACGACCCGCUGCUCCGGCCGUGGCAGCUGCCCUACCCCGCCGCCGCCAUGCCCAUCGGCGGCGCGCACAUGCUCCGGUACUGAUGGUGAUGCCGCCCCACCAGCCAUGGAGGCAGCUGGAGCUCGGCUGUGGUUGGCAACAAAGGAUUGGCUGCACCUGCACCUGCCCACAUGAUCACAUCUACCUGGUUGCUUCGAGAAUUACAUAGGCUCUAUCUGCUGCUGCUGUGUUAACUCUGUAUUCUGGUUCUUCAAUAAUUGGUGCUGUUGUCUGUCUGUCUGUCUCUCUGUCUAAGAGAUGAUGCUCAUCUUAUGUGGUUGUAGUUUCGUGCUUGGUUUCUGUACUUUCUGUCUUGUAAUGUUAUGAAUAAGUGUUAUGAUUCCCUAUUCCCUCUAAAUAGUUUCAGUUGGAUCU